GAGUCAGGACAAUUUAGAAAACGGUGUCAUUCAUAAAGCAGCUUCACAGUACAAAGGACACCCAGAAGAAACAACUGUGUGGAUCAUAUUUUUCGAGGAGGUUGGGAAGAACAAAAGCUUCAGUGAUGAGGACCUCUUCAGUGCUGACCUCUGCUUUAGUUUGGGCGCUGCUCUUCUCCUCACUAAGAACCGCAGAUGCUGUAACUUUUCAAGGCGCGUUACCGCAUCCCAACAAAUACAACCCCAACGAGUCGGAGAGAUGCCAACAACCUCCCAUCACAGGACUGCUCUCACGGGGGACAGGACCCGUAACCACUACCGACGAGGUCCUGGAGUCCAGUCAGGAGGCUCUGCACGUCACGGAGCGCCGGUACCUGAGGCUGGACUGGUGUAAGACGCAGCCGCUGAAGCAGACCAUCAGCGAGGAGGGAUGUCUGAGCCGCACCAUCAUCAACCGCUUCUGCUACGGCCAGUGCAACUCCUUCUUCAUCCCCCGGCAUGUUUACCAGGACGGCAGUGCUUUCCAGUCGUGCUCUGCCUGCAAACCCAAAACCUUCAGCACCGUCACUUACACUCUGUACUGUCCUGGACAAACCCCCAGCACAAGGAAGAAAAGGGUCCAGCGCGUAAAACAGUGCCGCUGCACAACUAUUGACAUGGAUUAGACCAAAGGGACGAUCAUUUUCAUCGGAUUUCGGAUGUAAAAUCAGCUUUCUGGAGAUAAUAAUCUGGAACUGUGUGUUGCUUUAAGGAAAAUUGAGUAAAAUAUAUGACUUGGAGGGUAAGGGACGUACCCCAGUCUACAAUAAUAUUUCAUCUUCCCAGAUAGCAAAUAUUUUGGCAGUAUUAUGGCAUACAUUUGGCAUUUUUGGCUUUCUUUUGGCAUUAUGAAAACCUUUAGGCUUAACUGUGGUAGGAUUAAGGUUAUCCAUAAUAGAUAUGG